AUGACUCAUCAAAAAUAAAGGCUUAUAAAUGGAGCUUCGAGCAAAUUUCUCUGCAUUGCACUUCAGGACUCUGGAGCAGCUCGCGCAUCGUCUGUAACACUCAGCCUUCACUACCCACUCUAUUCUACACGAUGGCUCCCUACACACUCACGUACUUUCCAGUCAAAGGCAGAUGUGGUGCCUUGAAGAUGAUUCUGGCGGACAAUGAGCAGCAGUUUAAGGAGAACCUGGUGUCCAUAGAUGAUUGGAUGAAGGGUGAUAAGAAAGGCAGCUGUCUCUUUGGACAGUUGCCUAAAUUUGAAGAUGGUGACCUGGUCCUGUUUCAGUCCAAUGCCAUUUUAAGGCAUGUGGGUCGCAAACAUGGUGCAUAUGGAAAAAACGACUGUGAGGCUUCUCUUAUUGACAUGAUGAACGAUGCAGUUGAAGAUUUUCGCCUAAAAUACAUCAAGAUGAUCUACCAAGAAUAUGAGACUGGUAAGGAAGCGUACUGCAAAGAUCUGCCCAACCACCUCAAACCAUUUGAAUCUAUUCUGUCCAAAAGCAAAUCUGGAUUCCUAGUUGGCGAUCAGAUCUCAUUUGCGGACUACAACCUGUUUGACCUUCUGUUGAAUCAUAAAGUGCUUUAUUCUGCCUCUCUGGACUCCUUGCCAGCUCUCAAGGGCUAUGUGGAUAAGAUUGCUGCCCGGCCCAAAAUCAAAGCCCUCUUGGAGUGUGAAAACUUCAAGAAACUUCCUAUCAAUGGCAAUGGCAAGCAGUAAUUCAGUAGAAUAUUCUCAAACAAUGGCACUUUCCUUUAAAAGGCCUUAACUGGUGCUCUGUGAUUAGCAAAACCUCUCAUGUCUUUGUACGAAUAUCUAUUUUGUAUGUUUAACUGUUAAAAUAAAUGUAAACAUCCAGAAUGGUUUCAGUGCUUCUUUGUUAAAGAACAACUUUCUGUAUAUAAAACAGUUUUAAAUUGCAUUUAAAAAAAAUAACAACUUCAGUUUUUAAUCAUUUUACGUUUUAGUAAUUUAGCAGAUGCUUUUAUCCAAAGUGACGUACAAAUGAGAACAAUGGAAGCAAUCAAAAUCAAUAAAAGAGCAAUGAAAUGAAAGUGCAA